AUGCAAGGCAACAAGCUCGUUCGCAGAUCAUACUCCGGCCCUCAUCUCACUUGCAUAAAAUACCCACAAACAUUUGAGGUUCUCUGCAAAAUUCACGACGGUGAGUGUGGCAACAACUUUGGGGGCAGGUCACUCUCUCAGAAGGCUCUAAACAUAGGCUACUUUUGGCCUACCAUGUGCCACGACUCCACCGAAUAUGUUAAGAAAUGUGAUCGUGGCCAGCGAUACAAGCUGAUCCCUAACAUGCCUGCCGAAGUCUACCAUCCGCAAAACAGUCCAUGGCCAUUCAUGCAAUGGGCCAUCGACUUAGUGGGUCCCUUUCCACCGGCGCCCGCCAAGAAAGAAAUGAUGAUCGUCGCCACCGACUACUUUACUAAAUUGAUCGAGGCUGAAGCUUUAUCCUCUAUUAAAGAAGCCAAUAUGGAGCGAUUCAUAUGGAGAAACAUCAUCUGCUGCGUCCUAAGGGAGACGCAGGACGACGACCAGAAGCGUCCUUUGGGAGACGCAGGGUGCGCUAGGAAUUUCCUAAGGGAGUUGCCCAUAAGUAGCGUCAUAAGGGAGACGCGGGGCGACGACCAGAAGCGUCCUUCGGGAGACUCAACCCGUAAAAAGCAUCCUAAGGGAGACGCAGGGCAGGAUAGUCACACAAUUGCUCAUAAACAACGUCAUUCGGGAGACGCAGGGCGACGACCAAAUCAUCCUAAGGGAUGUGCAGAACACGCCCGGAGCCCCUUAAGAGGGGCCCUGGCACUCGCCAACUUCCUAAGGGGAGCCAUCUUAAGGGAUAUGCAGAACACGCCCGGAGUCCUUCAAGGGGGACCUUGA